AUGAACGUCCUCGCGCGUAUCGGACGCGCGCUGUUCCCUCCGCGCGAGGCGCCCGCGCCGAUCUCGCUCUACGUCGGCGACGCGCGCGUCGAGCUCCCGCCCGGGACGACGCUGAGAGUCCCCGAUACGUCAGGGCGCCGAGCGUGGCUCUUCGUGCGCGAGGGCUCCCCGCCGCCGCCGACGACGACGCCGGCGCCGCCGACGCCAGCGGUCUUGAUUCCCGCGCCGCCGACGCCGGCGGCGAUUUCCGCGCCGCCGACGCCGCCGACGCUCGAGCCGCCGCGCGCGAGAGAGGCGCCUCGAGAAGGUGCGCUCGUCGAGGCGGAGGACCUCGACGCUCCGCCUCCCGCGAAGGCCGCUCCUCCUCCUCCUCCUCCUCCUCCUCCUCCUCGGCCUCGGCCUCUGGCUCCGCCGCCCUCUCCUCCGCGCAACGACCGCGUCGCCGGCGACGACGACGACGACGAGGAAGAAGACGCGGCGUGGGAUGACGCCGUGAAGAGGGACCCGCACAUCAAGAAGGAAGGCGAGACGUCUCGGGGACUCAAACGCAAGUCCCCGGAGCCCGAGGCUGCGCCGACACAGCCCGAGUCUCCGCGCUCGAAAUAUGUCGGCUCGAAAUACGUCGGUGUGUACAAUCAAGGUGGGACGACGUGGAGGGCGCAACACAGCAACAGAUACCUCGGCAUGUUCCAGACCGAGCUCGAGGCCGCGGAAGCCUACGCGAAAGCCGCGGGCUUACGCGAACCACUGAUCAAGCGGAACGGCCUCAGCGGCUUGGCUUUACUCCACGACACGCGCGCGAGAGAGAGAGUGGCGGCUCCCCCCGAGCGCGACGCAUCUAACGAGCGAGUCGCCCCCACCGAGAGCGCGACCGGCGGCGACGAUUCGGCGACCGAAGGCGUGCCUCCGCGGAACGAGGAACGCCCCGAAGCGGACGCUGACGUCAUCGGCGGCGGCGACGACGCGGGCGAUGCCGCGGAAGAAAGACCGUCGAAAAUCCAGCUGCAGAAGCGCGUUACAACGGUGAUGCAGCGCGUUCGCGUCAAGCUCGGGAAGAACUAUAUACACGCCGACGAUCCGCCGCCGGAGGGUUGGCCGCAGGGCGUGCCGUUCAGCGGGCUGCCUAACUCGCUCGACUACGGGGAAGAAGGGAGGAAACAACUCGAGGCCAUUCUCGCGUGGGCGGAAUCGCAAGAUUUGCCGGAGGCGCCGACGAGCGCACGGCGUAGAUCUCCAGUCACCCCGGAUCUCAUCCCUUACGUCGACCUCACCCCUCUCGACGAGAAGCGCAGGAGCAUACCCACGCAGAGAUUCGUCGCUGGCCCGGCGUCGGGUAGAUUACCGACGCCGGAGAACGACACCCCGCCGCCGCCGCCGCCGAGGGUGAUGGCGUGGCAACGUGACUGUCGUGGUUUGUGCGGGACAGCAUGUCGCUGCCAUGGCUUUGGACCUGACCGAGAAGCGCUGCUCCGGAGCGGCGAAUACAAGGAGAAAUCCGUCAAGUGUCCUCGAAACGGCGGAUGCGGCGGGGACAUCCUCCUCAUGUUCACGCGCGACGCCGCGCGCGACGGCGCGAACCUCAGAUGCCCGUACGAGGAGUGCGGCCUGGAUCUCGCGCUCCCGAAGAAAUACACGAAGUACUUCGACAACACCUGCUCGUCCGGGUGAACGAAACGCGCGACGCCGACGACGAAUGAACAGAACGACCGAAGGCCGUGACUCGACGACUACACUUGAAUACAUACGCGCGCGCGCAUCUACAUCUC